AUGAUGAUGAUGAUGUGCCGUGUGAUGUGUGUGUUGGCCGUUGUGCUGUGCUGUGCCUGCGGGUAUACCAUGGCUGCUGCUGCUGCUGUUGAUAAUGACAGUCCCAGUGGCCGUGGUGUAUCCCGUGGGGCUGUGGAGGUGUCGUGCGGGGCCGGCGGUGCGCUGCGUGUACGCCCCGCUGCUGAGAGCGAGUGGCUUACAUGCGGUGCGGGCAGCCGUGUGUCUGCAUGUGGGAAGUACGCAGACCUCUGCCGCCAGCGUACCACAAGAGGAGCAAGAGCAACAACCAUUGCUACUACUACUACUGUUGGACAGCCAAAGGCGGUGAUGGCUACUUUUAAUGUCUAUGCAGACAAUAUCCUGUCACUAAAUAUAACGCCUGAAAGCGUGAAGGCAUGGAAUAAAAGCAAAAGAAAAGCAAAUGCAGGUCCGGCAACACGUGAAACACGUGAAGAUACAAUGGGUGACGGUAUUGAAGAAGUAAUACAGAGAGAUGAUAAUCCGAGCGAUGUUGUCUCUCACGUUGCUGAAUCUCAAAAGAAAGAAAAUACUCCAGGUUCACAAAAUGGAAACAGUAAUUCAAGAACAAAUGAAGAUUCGUCGCCCAGAGCAGAAGCUCCUCAUAUACCAUCAAACCCUACUUCUCAUCACCAAUCUACUACUGGCGUUGCUACAACGUCUACAGGUGAUCGAGGUGCAACAGCCGGAGAAACUCUGUCGUCAGAAGGUCAGGGAGCAGCAAGUGCAACAACGACAACAGACAGAACCUCAUUUGGAGAGGAUGAUUACAAUCAACCAAACCCACAAACACAAUCUGAAAAUACCUCAACACGCUCACAAGAAACCAAUUCCACUACACCUACAAAUACCGAGAAAACUGUGGAAGCACCAACCACCACUCCAUCUCCUGCACCCAACGCAGAGAUCAGCAGCAUUGACCCCAUUGUACAGCAGAAGACUAAUGCUAAUGUUGACAGCAGUGUCAGUCCUGUGUGGAUGUGCACUGCAGCACCGCUGCUGAUUGUGGCUGUGUUGGUCUCCGUUACCCUGUACUGA